GACAUUCGGCCACCAUUUCGACCAAAGCCUGGAGGGCGUCCACCUACCAAGCAACUUGAAAAGGUUGUCGUUCGGCCAGUAUUUCGACCAAAGCCUAGACGUUGUCGCUCUGCCCAGCGGCCUUGAGACCUUGACCUUUGGGGACUGCUUCAACGAGAGCUUAUCAGCGGUAACGCUACCCAGCAAUCUGCAGACAUUGACUUUCGGUGACCGGUUCAACCACAGCUUGGAUGAUGUGGCCUUCCCAAGCAACUUAAAGAGUCUGGCCUUCGGCCGCAGCUUCAACCAGAGCUUGGCCGCUGUGGAGCUGCCCAGUAGCCUCCAAACUUUGAUCUUCGGUGCCGAUUUCAACCAGAGCCUACAAGGAACUUCUCUUCCGAGCGGACUUCGGACGCUGACGUUUGGCCAAGGUUUCAACAAGAGCUUAGAAGCCGCUGUGUUGCUAAGCAACCUGCGGGUGUUGGACUUUCGAGGACUUCGUGUUUGCGUACGCGCGGAGCCGUGA